AUGCCAUCCCUUAUUGCUGCCUGCAAAUUCGUGGGCACCACGAGUCUAGGUCUCUUCACCGGUGCCUCGUACUCGCUGGCCACCUUGUCCAUACCAGCGCUUCUAGCUCUUCCUUCAGCAAAGCCUGCCCAACAUGUCCUGAUCUCGCUGAAACAAACUGCCUCGCUGCACUUGCGUUCUCUUGCCGUCAUAUCGUUGCUCUCCUUCAAUCUUGCCUAUGCUCUCUCACCAGCUCGCGCUAGACAUCCCUAUUUGCUCUGGACUUCUCUGGUCGCCGGUCUUGCUGCCGCCUCAGAUCUCAUCCCUGGCCAAUCUCUCCCCUCUCAAGAUCAAGACGACGUCAAUGGUGAAACGGUCGAGAAGGCUGUUAAAUCUUCUCAGACCCUUGAGCAGGCAAGAGCUACUAUCGGCUUUGCUGGUUUCGCAAUGGCCGUCAUUGGCAUUUGGGGCGACGGUGCUUGA